UUUUUAGGGAUUACGUUUUAUGUGAUGGUUUCCGUUAUCACUGCUCCUGCAAAUACUUACUCACAUGGGCCGCAAUACAAAGUUGAUUCGUCGAAUGACAACAAUCAGCCGUAUAUCGAGGUGCGAAACGCAACAUACCAUGGGAGCGGCCCCAGAGAGGAAGCGCGUGCCAUGUGCUCGGUCAAAACUCAAGAGGUCAAUGCUACAGCUAACGCUACGAUUACGAGGAGACUUCACGGAGUCGUUACUUCACGAGAACUACAUUCAUCUAUACAAAGGCUGGAAGUGAUCAUCUAUGGGCAGAUGCAGCAGCUUUGGCAGAGUCUAGACGCUCUACGUACGCAAAUUGCGGGCAGCUCUCGAGUGUCAUAUCCAGACCGUCGCAGUGUCAGCUUUAGAUAUAGACCUAAUGUGUUAUAAGUUAAAACUUACUCAAUAAUACACCUAUGUUACAAGACGCCUCUCUAAAUGUGUC